AGAUAGCCCCAAUAGGGUGAGGUUUUCAACACAUAUCGUAGCCGAGCAGCACAUAUGGCCUGAUAUAUAAAGCCGUGUCGCUAAACUCGGGCCGAGGUUUUAUUUUGUACCCCAAGUUCUACCACGUGCAGGACAAGGGUUGUAGGGAGUAGCUAGGAUUCGAACACACACAAAAAAGUGCAACAAGAAGAGAAUGAGUAGCUAUGUUAUUAGUGUGUUUGUCUUGGUGUUGGUAGGCGUGUGUCUGACCCAACAAGCCAUGGGUUGUACCGACAACGAGAUCCAGGCGGUGGAUCCGUACAGCAGUUGCUCCACGGAGUACAGGGUGUGUGAGCAGAACGUCUUCCGUAGGGCCAUGUGUGUCAACGGCUACAUCAACUUGGCCACCAAACGAUGCGAGCCCAGCAAGUCACAGUGCCCUGACCUAGCUAUCGCUGACAAAGCUUUCGGUAAUUUCGGACUGAGAAAGAAACGUCAAGCUACCGUACCAGACUGUACAAGAUCGUUCCUCUGUCCAGCUGAUAUGACCAACGUCUUUAUCUACCCUGACUGGCAAAACAGAAACUGUGACAGCUACGUCGUCUGCUGGAGUGGGGAGUUGAUUAUCGCCUCCUGUAAAGCAGACAACUACACCUACUACAACCCUAACCGACUCAGCUGCGAGGAGACGGCGUCGCCUAGCAACACAUGCGUCUUCCGUGAAUACACGAUCUUCCCUUAAAGAAGACGCUUUAAGAUUUGUUCAUUUCAAAAAGGAUCUCAAAAUUGUACACGCUUUUUUUUUUGGAAAAUAAAUUUGUUUUGUUAUAAAAAAAAGAAUAAACAUUCCAUCAAAUA